GCCUGUCUUGCAUCAGCAGCACCUGGCUUUCCCAGCCUAACCUGCUGGAGAACCUGAUCCUGCAUGAGAACAGCCUAAAGUUUCUGGAUGAGAAGAUGCUGCAGGGUUUUUCAGGCCUCAGAAGCCUGAACCUUUCUCGGAAUAAGAUCCGCACCAUCGCGGCGGAAAGUUUCCGAACACAGGGGAACCUAAUCCACUUGGACCUGUCAGGUAAUGAGCUGAUCUACAUAAAUCCAGAGGCCUUCCGUGGUCUGCAUUCCACACACUUCUGGCUGGACCACAAUCCCUGGGACUGCUCAUGCAGAGCUAAGGACUUUGUUCUCCUCAUCCAAGAGCUGGCUAAUGCUUCUCGCUUGGAGAAGGAGAUGGAGGUGGUUUGUGCCACUCCUCCCCAACUGAAAGAGGAGCUUGUGUGGAAUGUGACUAAAUGCCCACUGCCCAGCCCUCCAGUGCCAAAUGUGGGAGAACCUCCACAGGGUACACUACCUACCCUCAUUGGUCUACUAGUUCUGCUCUGCAUUCUGGUCUGUGGUUCCUGUCUGGCGUUAGUGCUCUGUAGGCACAAGUGGGACAACAAACAGGUUGAGCCCGAAGCAGAUCCAGAGGUGCUCACGGAAAACAGCUGUCUGGAGCCUGGGGUACCACCCACUGGGGCCCAGGGCAUGGAGGGUCUCAAGGCUUCAGAGGUGCGGGGGAGCAAACUUGUCAGAGCACGAGCCAGUUCUGCAGGUCCGGUGCUCUCAACCACUGAGCUUCCCAGUAAAAACUCGAGAACAAGAAAAGAGAUUGAACCAGGUAUGUCAGGACUGACCAGAACGGAAAUAAAAGAAACACAACAAGGGCUUGAUGCCAAUCUCUCUGAGGGACAGAAGGCUACACAGCAUCUGGAAGUGGGAACAGUGGUGUCUGAAGUAGAAGGAGCCGCAUCGGUUUUCAAAGGCCCUGCAGAACCGCUGUCUCUCCAAUAUCCAAACUUGGGAGUAAUGGAGAAAUCUGCACCUAUGUGGGAAACAAGAACACCUGUAGACCAUAUCACAGAGAAGAAUCUGGCUUCAGAAGGAGCAGAAAAUCUUCCUUAUCUGAGCAUUGGAACUGAACCUGCAAGACAAAGCCCAGAGGCCCCAGAGCAUCACCAUGGCAACAAAGAUGUUUUCAGGAGGGUCAUCAGGAGGAUUUCAACUUGGCCGCCCACUUCGUUUCAAUGGAAAGAGAAAGACACUUGUAAAAGUGAAGCUAAUCACUUAUUCCCUACAACUGUAGCCAACUCUGAACACAACUAUGACAAGAGAAAAGAUGCAGAUUGUUAUAAACAGACAGAUUUCUUUCUUGAGGGUUGUAUGAGUGGCUUUUGGGAAAAUGUGGGAAGGACAACUCCGGAGGGCAAUGCAGAGGAGCCUUCUGGUAGUAGAUUCUGCCCUGUGGUUGCAACAAACAGUGAAAAGAAAACAACAACCUCUAGACGUGAGCUCUUCCAGCCACCCAAACAGACCAAGCCAGUGGCGCCAGACGACAAACGGCUCCAGGCUGGUCAGGGCCCAGGCUUACGUGAAAUGGGCCGAGGAAGAGGUUCUGGCAGCAGGCCCCAAAAACUGAGCAAGGACAAGAGAAAGACCCACUCCAGUGGAGGACAUGAGGAGGGGAAUACAGACCCCCAACGUGGGUCCACUGUGCUCAGCCAUAAUGCCAGAGGUUCCCCAGCAGACAAGAACCUGCUGCAGGAUAAUGAGUAUGCCUUCAUCAACCUGCUGCAGGAGGUGGUGCAGAAUCAGGGCCGCUGGACCCGGGACCGGUGGAAACAGACACACCUGAACAAGCAGAGGAGUAAACAAUAGAAUCGUCCAUUAACUCCUUGCCAGGGACAACCUUUAGGUGAAGGAAGGUGUCUUUGAUAAAGUGGACUUUAAAAAAAAAAAAAAAAAAAACCACCAUGUAAAGCAGGGGAAAUAUAAAUGUUAGAAACUAGCAGAUACCUUUUACGUGGACAUGCAUGUUGAUUUGUAGCCAUCUU